AUGGCUUCGAGGGCCGUCAUCCCGCGCUUCCUGCUCCCGCUGCAGGGCCCGCUCUGGCGCGGCGUUUCCAUCCCGCUCUCGCAAAACAUUCUCGUGCGCUUCGUCUCGACCUCGGACGGCGGCGCCGGAAAGCCGCACAAGCCCAUUGUGCUCGAGAAGCCGACCAAGUUCAACCCGCCUUCGCACGGCUCGCGUCUCAAGCGCAACUCGAUGCCGCGGCACUACGGCCCCGACCUCACGCCUGGCGAGAUCUCCGCCCAGGGCAAGAGGGACUACCCGGGCCUCAUGGCGCCGCAGGGCUCCUGGGCGCACUGGUUCUGGCACAGCCGGCUCCUCCACACGUUCAUCACAAUGGUACUACUUCCUCUCCGUGACAAAGAGGAGAACCCAUUCAAGGAUCGCCUCAAAGUGCUGACAUAUCUGGAUUCGCAGGGCACAUUGCUGGCCAUGGGCCUCUACACCUUCUUCCUCAACUACGCCUACAACUCGCCCUUUAAGGACCUUGUGCCGCCCAUCUCGGACCUCUGGGCUCAGCCCACCUACUUCUUCGCCCAGUGGAAGAACGUCAUCGCCAUGCAUGAAAAGGACAAGGCCCUCAAGGCCAGCGAGCACCGCACCCGCCACCUCGACGACGUCGCCAAGCGCCAGUACUACAUGAAGACGCACGGCAUCGAGGCCAAGGACCCCGUCACCAUGGUGUUCGGCAAGGACGACAACCGCUCCGUCGAGGAGCUUGAGGCCACGGCCCUCGGCCGCGAGCUGCCGCCCAAGGAAGAAGGAGAGGCGAAGCCGGAGCAGAGGAAGAAGUGGUUUGGUAUUUUGUAG